CGCUAAACAGGGAGAGGAAAGCGUUGUUUGAACGCAAGUCGCCGGUAUUGACUUUUUGUCUUUUUGUACGAGUCCAGUUUUGGAAACGCAAACAUGAGCCUGUUGAACAAGCCCAAGUCGGAGAUGACACCGGAGGAGCUGCAGAAACGAGAGGAGGAAGAAUUUAACACCGGACCGUUGUCUGUGCUCACCCAAUCGGUGAAAAACAACACGCAAGUCCUCAUCAACUGCCGCAACAACAAGAAAUUGCUGGGUAGAGUCAAAGCAUUCGACAGGCACUGCAACAUGGUCCUGGAGAACGUGAAGGAGAUGUGGACAGAGGUUCCCAAGAGUGGCAAAGGCAAGAAGAAGUCGAAACCGGUCAACAAGGACCGAUACAUCUCCAAGAUGUUUCUGAGGGGCGACUCUGUCAUCGUGGUUCUGCGGAACCCGCUUAUUGCUGGAAAAUAAAUUGCUGUUAUACUUUUGCUCCUCAUCUCCUUCCCUCCUCAAAGAAAAAAAAGUGAUCUUCCUCUCCUCUACUAUAAGGGUUACUCUAUCUCUGGUUUUGGAGUGCUGCAUUAUCCAGCAGGUGUAGCUCAUUCUUGUAGGGUUCUUAUCACCUGGACUCAGAUUGCCAUUCUCUUGAUUGAGCUUAGCCUUUGGAAGCAUUGGCAGUUUAAGUAGAGCUUGUAAAAUAUGCUGAAUUUUGGUCUUCCAGGACAGAGUAGCCCUGUUAUGCCCCUCUCUUAAUUCUGUAGUUACACCCCAACAACCGUCUUUCUCCUCCUCUGUCCCAGCAUCUCUCUUUUGCCUGUCCACCAUGGGUUGGCUAAUUUGGGGGUACAGCCUCUGUUUCAGCACCCUCACUGUAAAAUCUGCACUGUCUUCUCACACGGUGUGUCAAAACAAAACAGGAAUGUAAUUAUGCUGAAGGAAGGAGUUGUGGUAAGAUGGCAAGGACAGGUCUCGGUUAAUUUUGUAUCCAAAUGGUGUUUUUCAUCAGAAAGCGAUUAGGCUGUGAUUUCGAAGUGUCUCAACAUUGGAGGUGAAUUUUCAGUGACAUUUGUAACAACAGUGUUUACCUUUGGAAAAGCCAAUGGUGCAAUUACUCAUUUUUUAUAUCAUAAAAGUAUGAAAAACAAUGUG